GGGGCGUUUCGGGGCGCUCGCGCCAGCGCUGGGCUGACGCCCGUGGGCCCGCACGCGCGGCUGUCUUCUGGGAAAACCGAGAGGCACAAAGAGUGUUUCUGUGCGGCCGUUCCGAGUCUGUCUUGUGGGUUCAGGCUCAGCCGGCUGCCCUCCCUCUUUUAUUGGCCGGGAAAGCUGCCCCACCUGAUCUGUGAGUUUGCCUGCCGCAGGGGCGGAGGCCUCAGCCGGCCGGCGCUGGAUUGCAUCUAGCUGGAAGUAGCCAGGCAGCUCUUGUUUGAAAACCCCUGGGCCGGGAGCGCCUGGCCGUGUUCUCCCCUGGGACGCGGAGCACCCGGCCUCCGCGGGACUCGCCGGCUCCGGGGCCCGGUCGGUGGUGCAGACGCCAGACGGCCUGGGGGACCAUGGCCCGCGCGGCCCUGCAGUACGCCGGGCUGCUGCUGGGCGGCGUGGGCCUGGUGGGCACGGUGGCGGUCACCGUCAUGCCGCAGUGGAAGGUGUCCGCCUUCAUCGGGGCCAACCUGGUGGUGUUCGAGAGCCUGUGGGAGGGGCUGUGGAUGAGCUGCAAGAGCCAGGCCCCCUUCCGGCUGCAGUGCAAGGUCUACGACUCGCUGCUGGCCCUGCCGCCCGACCUGCAGGCGGCCCGCGGGCUGAUGUGCGCGGCGGCCGUGCUGGCCGCGCUGGCCUUCGCCGCGGCCGUCCUGGGCAUGAAGUGCACCCGCUGCGCCGGGGGGGACGACGACGCGGCGAAGGGCCCCCUGCUCCUGGCGGCCGGAGUCGCCUUCGUCCUCGCGGGCCUGGUGGUGCUCACGCCCGUGAGCUGGGUGGCCAGCGGCGUCGUCCGGGACUUCUACAACCCCACGCUGGACGACGGCCGGAAGCGGGAGCUGGGCGAGGCCCUCUACCUGGGCUGGGCCUCGGCGCUGGCCCUGGUGGCCGCGGGGGCCGUGCUGUCCUGCGUCUCCUGCGCCCAAGGGGAGAGCCGCAGCUACAGGUACUCCCUGCCCCCCCACCGCGCGACCCCCCGGAGCGGUCCCGCGGAGAAGCAGCCGCUGAGCGUGUACUCCAGGAGCCAGUACGUGUAGGUGGGCGCCGGUGGGCACUCGGCCCGCGGAGCCACGCGCCUGACCCGGACGCCCGCUGCCGUCUGGACCGGGAGCCCGCGGGGACGCGGGUCUGCGCCUCGGCACGGCGGGCACCCCUCACGCCCCUCCCAGGACGCCCGGCAACACAGCGCGGCUCCCCCGGCAGCUCCCGGCAGAGCGCCAGACCCACUGUGCGCUUCCGCUGCAGCGAUUUGCUUUCUCAAGUGGUUCCUGCAUCUCUUCUCUCUCAUCGGCUUCUCCAGAAUGAGGUUGCUAGAGACUAUUGUUUCACAGCUGCGAUUUCUCUGGGACACGGCGUUGCGCAGGCAGAGGCGAGAGCGUCUCAGAUAAAUAGAGGCUUAUCUGGUUGUACUCUGAAUACAAUGCUGAUCCACUACACUGAACACACAGAAUCCCACUGCUGCUUUUCAGGGGACUGGGGAGGAGAUGGAAGACUGUUAAUACGAAUUGUUUAAGAACAGCUUAACAACUAAUGCCCUGGGUUUAUAAUGGAGGUUUAAGAAAGUCUUUAAUCAGCAAGAUAAAGGAAACGAGGAAGCUCUCUGAUAUGCAUUUCCCCGACACCCGUGUGCUCCCUCCCACCCCGCCCCCCACCCCAGGGCCUCUGGUUCUCCGCAUUCGCGUCUCUUAAACCACUCGCAUUUCGUCCGGAGCUCUGCAUUCAGACGCCUUCCCAGAGCUGUGCUAGGACGGCGACAGAACUGUGAUCUAAGAAACACUAAAGACUCCAGGGCAGUGAAAUUCUUUGCCCGUUAAGUUUCUGUGCUUGCGAGAGAGGCGUUUGUAUAAGAAAUCAUACGUGUGUGUGAAUAUCUGAACAGCUACGUGAAUACAGACCUGGGGUUUUUAUCAGUGGAGAUAAGAGGACCGAAAAAUAAGGUGUCGUAGUUGUAUUUGCUCACCAGAAACAAACACACAAACCCCGGAAACCACACGUUGAUCUCUCUGAGCCCCCUCCUCCCCCGGUGAGUGCCCAGGUCAGGAAGGUCGUUCUGUCCGUCGGGUGAUUCUCGUGCUUCCUCCGCGUGGGUUCUGUGUUCCUGAGGCACAGGCAUACGUGUUCUGUGUGUUUCUAGGCAUUUCUAGAAAAAUGUGUCCUAGUGUUUUCCCCAAAUCUGAUGCAACUGAUCAUCUGAUUUGAAGGCCUGUAGCUACACUUUUUUAGCUUAAGUGAUUGUGUGUCAUUUGCUUUAUUUCUUUUAUAUUAGUAAAUUUGUCUUUUAUAUAAACUUUUCACUAUUCCCCAUUUUUUUCCUGUUUUAUUAAAUUGGAAUGAUGUUUUGAAAA